GGGUUAAAGCUGGUGCACACUAAGCCAAGCAGCUGAGGUUCCCUGAUGGCCAAGUGGCCCCCAAGGAAAUGUGCAGACAUGCUUCAUAUAGACAGUUACCUCCCUAUCUCAACAAAUGCUGCCUGCUGCCCAUGCAACCUCUCUGAUGACUCUUUGUCCUUUAGGGUGAAGACCUCUGGUGUCAGCAGCUCCCCUUCUAAGGAGGAAUAGGGAAAGGAAGUUCAAAACUCUUCAGACCUGCCCAGUACAUUAUGUCAGCUGUCAAUGACACCAAGUUCAACUCUGCAGUGUUCCUUCUCACUGGGAUACCUGGGCAGGAAGACGUCCAUCUCUGGAUCUCUAUCCCCUUCUGCUUAAUUUAUGCUAUUUUGAUAUUAGGAAAUGCAGUCAUUCUGUUCAUUAUAAAAACAGAUCGAACCCUCCAUGAGCCCAUGUACAUUUUCCUUUCCAUGUUGGCCAUCACAGACCUUGGCAUAUCGAUAGCCACCAUGCCGACGAUAUUGGGCAUAUUCUUGUUCAACUCUAGGGAGAUCAGCCUCAAUGCCUGUUUUGCCCAGUUGUUUUUCAUCCACUUGCUUCAGUGCAUUGAAUCAUCUGUGCUCUUGCUGAUGGCCUUUGACCGCUUUGUCGCUAUCUGUAGCCCUCUGAGAUAUGCUUCCAUCUUAACCCUGCCGAGAAUAGCCAAGAUGGGGUUGGUGUUUGUGCUAAGAGGAGUGGUUGUAGUAUUACCAUUCCCCUUUCUCCUGAAACGGUUCCAAUACUGUCAAGCCAAUGUCCUCUCCCAUGCCUACUGCCUGCACCAGGAGGUCAUGAAGAUGGCUUGUUCAGACAUCACAGUCAAUAGCAUCUAUGGCUUGUCUGGUUCACUUUUAACGAUGGGGUUGGAUUCGCUGCUCAUCUUCUUAUCUUACGUGAUGAUCUUCAAAACAGUGUUGAGCAUUGCAUCGAAGGCGGAGUGUCUCAGAGCCCUGAAAACCUGUAUUUCCCAUAUCUGUGUCGUCCUGCUCUUCUACAUACCAGAGAUAAGCUUGUCUGUGAUACACAGAUUUGGGAAGGGCUCUUCUCACUUGCUUCAGAUAGUCCUGGGCUAUGUCUACCUGCUGGUCCCACCCCUGAUGAACCCAAUCGUGUACAGCGUGAAAAGCAAACACCUUCGUGCGAGGUUAAUCAGGUUGUUCAUCAAGUGAAGGGUCAGUCCAUUGACCAGCUCCAAUGCCUUUGACACGAGAGAUGAAAAAAUACUCCACCUCUUCCAUCCUGGACCCUUACAUCUAAGACCAGAUGAGCUAUUCUUCUCCAUUCAAUAGCAAAAGCUUCUGAUGGGAUCUAAGGCUUGGAGCAAUGGAAUAGGGGCUGUCCUCCCCAGCUGGAGAGUGAGGACAGGACACUUGGAGAAAGAGACUAUG